AUGUCUGCACCAUGGGAUCUGGUGAUUCAAAACGCAAAAGUUUUUGAUGGCACCGGUGCCGCCGGAAAAGUGGCAGAUGUGGCAAUCAGAGAUGGCGUUAUUGCAGCCAUCGGUGCGCAGCUACCCGAACAAUCCGCGGCAGCCACUGCGGAUGCCGCUGGUAAAUGGCUGAUACCGGGCCUGCUUGAUAUACACACCCACGAAGACCUGGAAGUUGAGUUGGACGCGGGGUUGCCGGAGAUGGUGCGGCACGGCACCACAAGUGCGGUUGUGGGGAAUUGCAGCAUUGGUCUGGCCUUUGGCGCCCAGCGUACGCCAGAACAGGAUCCCAUUGUUGACUGUUUUGCCCGGGUCGAAAAUAUUCCAAAAACCGUGCUGGCCAAGGCGGCAGAUAAAGCCACCUGGAACAAUCCACGCGAUUACCUUGCUCACCUGGAUGAGCUGCCCCUGGGUGCCAACAUCGCGCCUUUUGUGCCACAUUCAAUGUUGCGCAUCGAGGUGAUGGGUCUGGAAGCCAGCAUUACGCGGGAUCCUACCCGGGUUGAACUGGACAAGAUGGUGGGGAUUCUCGACGAGUGUUUGCAGGCGGGGUACCUCGGCUUAUCCACCGAUGGACUGCCGCUGCAUUUUCUGGCCAACCAACCUCAUGUGGACAAACGUAUUCCUACUCAAUACGCCUCUUUUGAUGAAUAUAAAACGUUGACUGAUGUUGUGCGUAAACACGAUCGCGUCUGGCAGAUGACGCCGGCCACGGAUAAUGGCGCCCUCACGGUAAAACUGUUUAUGUUGUCCAGCGGGCGUCUGUAUAAGAAGCCUUUGAAAAUUACAGCGCUGGCCGCGCUGGAUUCGGUUAACAAUCGGCAGAACAAAGCCCGGGCACUCUUGUUUGCUAAUCUGCUCAAUACAGAUCUGCUGCAGGGGAACUUUCGCAUGCAGGCGCUCAGCGCACCUUUUCGUAUUUAUUCAGAAGGGGCGGUGAGUCCGUUGGCGGAAGCUAAUCCACUGCUUCGACGCUUGAUAGAGACUGAGCUGGAGGACGUUGAAGCGCGCCGAAAGAUUCUGGCUGAACCUGAAUUUGUAGAUGCUUUCCGGGCUAUGUGGUCCAAAGGCAAGUCGGGUUUUAAUCUGGGACACCUGCGGCGCAAGCUGCGCCUGGAGCGCGAAUUUCUGACCCGCGAUCUGAACGAUAUGGAAAUCUUCCGUGUGCCUGUAGCCGGUUGGGUGGGGCAGACGCUGCAGUAUGCUUAUGAUCGUUAUCAACUGUGGUGCCGCCAGCCGGAUAGCAUUGUCGAAGAUGAAGAACAGCGCGUGUUUGAUGCAUUAGGCAAAAACAUACGAGACGAUGCUGAAUUUUUUCUGAUGCUGCUGAAUCAUUACGACCGGGAUCUGUACUGGCACUAUGUGUCAGCAAACAGAAAUCCUGAGGUCGUCAAGCAGCUGCUGUUGCAUCCGAAGCUGCUGCCAGGUUUUAACGACAGUGGCGCCCAUGUGACGAAUAUGGCAUUUUUUGAUGGCAACCUGCGGGCGUUGCAUAUCGGCCUUAACGACAGCGAGGCAACGUUCAGUCAUAUGUUAAAAAGGCUGACCCGUGAGCCUGCUGAAUUUUUCGGGUUGGAUGUGGGUCGCCUGGAUAUCGGUGCCAAAGCAGACCUUGCCUUGCUGAAUCCUGAAGCGCUGCGCAACUAUAAAGGCGAAGACUCGAUUCGAUACAUCUACCGGGAUGUGUUUGAUUGCCACCAGCUGGUGAAUCGUUCUGAUGGAGUUGUUGCAGGCGUUUAUGUUGCUGGAGAACAGAUUGCGCCAGCGUUUGCAGAUGUAGACAUGAUUUUUCAUGCGGGCGAUAUCCAUGAUCUUUAUGUGUUGGAUGAGCUGGAGAAAAUCGCGCCGGUCACGGCUGCACGUGGUAACGGCGAAGAUGGCAGCGGCGGGCGGCCGGUGCAGCCAGAAGACCCUCGCGUUAAAUACGCCUGGUUGCUGGAGAUUGAAGGCUUGUGGGUUGGCCUGACACACUAUGUGCCGGUGCCGGAACGACCGCCUAACUUCACUAUGGCGCACUGGGUAGAACGCUUUUUCCCGGAACGUAAACCUGACGUGAUUGUAUCCGGCGAUACGCACCGUGAAGCUAUUGCAACCAUCGAUGGUAUCUAUUGCGUGAAUCCCGGUUCACCCACCUAUCCGCAUAACUAUGACACCCAGUACGGCACCAUAGGUUUUCUGGAUCUGGAUGAGGGCAAAGCUGAAGCCAGCAUUUUUCAGAUUGUUGAAGAGGGCAUUAUACCUUUUGACUGGGACGCCAUUCCGCCCUGGAAAUUACGUCGUUAG